UCUCAAGUGUUUGGUCCUGGGAGCACCCAGUGCGGAGAAGACCAGUGCCCGAGAAGACAACGAACUACAAUACAGACUAAUUAUGUCAGGCACUGAUGUUUGGGUUGGCUCCUGGAGGCCCCACAAGCCCAGAGGCCCCAUUGCUGCACUCUACAGCAGCCCUGGACCCAAGUAUGCCCUGCCUGGAGCGACAGGUCUGAACUACCAUGACCCCAGGAAGCUGAAAGCACCGGCGUUCAGUUUUGGGACACGCCAUCGCCAAUUCAGCUCAGACUGCUCCCCCGGGCCAGGGUACUUGGUUCCCUCCAACAUCACCAGGAUUGGGCGUGACGGGACCCCUGCAUACUCCCUCUACAGCCGCCCCAAUGACCCCCAGCUGUUCCAAACCCCCGGACCUGGACGCUACUCCCCUGAGAGGUCAGGGAAGUCUGCAUAUUACUCUGCCCCUGCCUAUUCCCUGUCUGCCAGGAGCAAAGGCUUCCGCAACGACCAGACCCCAGGCCCUGCAGCUUACAUGCUGCCCUCUGUGUUGGGUCCUGCUACCGUCAACAAAACCUCCGCCCCUAACUUCUCCCUUCGAGGACGCAGCAAGAUCGGCAGCUUCCACGAGGACCUGCAGAAGACUCCUGGCCCAGGGACAUACAGAGUGGUGGACCCCUGCACCUACAAACACAAACCCCCCCACUACAGCAUGACAGGACGCAACAGCAUGCCUGGAGACACCACCAGGAAACCAGGCCCUGGAGCUCACCACCCUGAACAGGUGACCUUCACCAGGAUCAAACCUCCAAGCUUCUCUUUCGGAAUUCGUCAUUCUGAGUUCAUUGCUCCGCUUAUAGUGGACUUGGCGGAAUAGGAACCCUUCCCAUUCCUCCAUUUACCUCAUUCCUUCCCAACAUCCCUUUUCCUCAUCCCUACCCCCUUAUCCCAGCAAUAAAUUCAUCAGUAUCAAAAUGCUCUGCAGUGAAGAAAGUAGUUAAUUGUGCCUUAUUGUUCUUAUGUAUUGCCUAUCCUGCAUGGAGUACAAUGAUGCUGGAAGACAAGCUAACCUGCUAAUCCUUGUUGAUGAUUAAAAACAAAAGUAUAUUUUUUAUA